ACCCCGAGCAACUCAUCCCACCACCACCACCACGCAGGAGCAACAAGGUAGGUGAUGCUAGUAACAACAUACACUUACCUGACACGCUGCCUGCCUCCCUCAUACCCCGAGCAACUCAUCCCACCACCACCACCACGCAGGAGCAGCAAGGUAGGUGAUGCUAGUAACAACAUACACUUACCUGACACGCUGCCUGCCUCCCUCAUACCCCGAGCAACUCAUCCUGCCACCACGCAGGACCAGCAAGAAGAUAAAGAUCUGUUGAACUUUGAAGAUUCGAUGGCGGAGGGCGGUCGUACAGAGAGCGAUGGUACGACACCUGAACCAGGCUCGCCUCAGCAACAGCAUUGGACGACGUUCUGUGAUUCGCCGACGUCGCUUGCCUCGAUGGCGUCCAGUAGCGUGUCGUCUCCCGGCGUGCGGCCGCCCCCGAUGAACUUCGACUUUGCUCCCAUCACCGUCGAUGGCGACUCGACGAUCGUCCAUCCAAUCCCGGUGAAGCUGCCGAUGGACAACCCGCAGGUGGAGAUCUCGUCGGACGAGAGCAGUCUCGGUCGCACGAAGAAACCCGCAGAGCCCAUCCCGUAUGAGGUGUUGUACAACGCGCAAGGCCAGCAAGCCUCCCCCACGAAACCACGCACGCACACCGAGCCGCCCCCGCCGCGCCACCGCAAGUUCCAAACCCAUCCCCGUCAGAGCUGUAUGAUUGCACCGCCCCCUGGUGGCAAAACACCGAAGAAGCCUGGGUGACGCGGCGGGAGCGACAAUCGUACCCGGUUCGCCUCCACCCAUAGCGACGGUGACGCCCCCUGUGGUGACGCUGCCGAUGGAGACAGACAGACACAGUCCACAGAAAACGGCGGCUGUUGCAUCGCAGGCGUCGUCAGAGAUGGCGCCACCUCUGCCUCCACCACGAGCGAAGGAACACAGCCGGAGUUCGUCCCUCGAUCUGAACCUCGUAUUCCAGAGCAGAGGGAGCCAGCUGCCUCCACCUGUAGUUCCACCUAGAAUCUCCCCGGCAGAGGUGGCAGGUAAGAGGGUCGUCAAUCAAUCUAGUCUGCCUUCAUACCAGCAGAAUGAAGAUGAGAAUGAAGAGGAGGAGGAUGAGAAGAAGGAGGAGAAGGUGGAAAAUUUAAAGGAGGAGGAGGAGGAGGAGGAGG